CAUGCGCCCCUCAUUGGCUCCUCUGCACUGUCUGGAGUAAGUUGGAUGUGCGCUCUCCUCACUCGCAUCCCGAAGCCACCUCAAAAACUGUUGCGAUGGGGAGGAUCAGGAAAAACCACUUUGGGAUUUUGACUUUUUCCUUACUAGUGACUUUUGUCUGGUCUCAGAGCGCCAAGGAUAUCAAAGAUCCGAGCAAUAUGCCUCUGGUCAAAGAAACGGUGGACAGACUGAUGAAAGGAUACGACAUUCGGUUGAGGCCAGAUUUCGGAGGCGCGCCGGUGGCUGUGGGCAUGAAUAUAGACAUAGCCAGCAUAGACAUGGUCUCUGAAGUCAACAUGGACUACACCUUGACAAUGUAUUUUCAACAAGCAUGGCGGGACAAGCGUCUGUCCUACUCCGAGAUCGCCUAUAACCUGACUCUGGAUAACCGAGUGGCCGACCAGCUGUGGGUCCCAGACACUUACUUCCUUAAUGACAAAAAGUCCUUUGUUCACGGCGUCACAGUCAAGAACAGGAUGAUACGUCUCCACCCUGAUGGCACCGUGCUUUAUGGACUCAGGAUCACCACCACUGCAGCCUGCAUGAUGGACCUACGCCGCUACCCCCUAGAUGAGCAAAACUGCACCCUGGAGAUCGAAAGCUAUGGAUACACCACAGACGAUAUAGAGUUUUACUGGCGAGGUGGGGAGGGUGCUGUUUCCGGGGUGGAUAGAAUAGAGCUGCCACAGUUCUCUAUUGUCGACUACAAACUCAUCUCCAAGAAUGUCGUCUUCUCUACAGGUUCCUACCCCCGCCUGUCUCUCAGCUUCAAACUGAAGAGGAACAUUGGCUACUUCAUUCUGCAGACAUACAUGCCUUCCAUCCUGAUUACCAUCCUCUCCUGGGUCUCCUUCUGGAUCAACUACGAUGCCUCAGCUGCAAGAGUGGCCCUGGGGAUCACUACGGUGCUGACCAUGACCACCAUCAACACCCACUUGCGAGAGACACUCCCUAAGAUCCCCUAUGUGAAGGCUAUUGACAUGUACCUGAUGGGCUGCUUUGUGUUUGUCUUCCUGGCCCUGCUGGAGUACGCCUUUGUCAACUACAUCUUCUUCGGCCAGGGCCCCCAGCGGCAAAAAAAGGCGGCUGAGAAAGCAGCCAUGGCCAAUAACGAGAAGCUGAGACCUGAUCCCAACAAGUGGCUGGUGGGAAAUGUAGUUCAGAGAGAUGAUGCUCUGUAUGCCAGAAUGAAACAGAGGGAAAUUGACGCAUAUGACUCGAUGUGGGAUCCCAUCUUUGUGGACGAUGCCGCAUUAGGACUAGGCGAGCAAAGAAAUAAGAUGACCCCCGAUGACAACAUCCUUUUCAGCACCCUAGAGAUGAAGAAUGAGAUGGGCGGUGCCGGGGAUCUGUCCCGGGGCCUGGGAGCACCUGGAGACCCCCGCAACACCAUGCUGGCCUGUAGCUCAACACUGCAGUCCCGCGGGGCAGCCAUGGCCCGCCAAAACUAUGGCCACAGCGCCUUGGAGCGCCACGCCCAGAAGAAGUCACGCCUACGAAGACGGGCCUCCCAGCUCAAGGUGAACAUCCCAGACCUGUCCGACGUGAACUCUAUUGAUAAGUGGUCCAGGAUGAUCUUCCCCACCGUCUUCUCCUUCUUCAACGUGGUCUACUGGCUCUACUAUGUCCAUUAAACCCGGCGUGGUGGAGGCCAGCUAGUGAUGGGCAUGCAACGAACAGUGGCUG